AUGAGGAAGGUACCUGAAAAGGUUGGAACUCAGUUUUGUAAUGAAACUGAGUUCUUGAAAAAGCUAAGUGUAGUAGUUUGGGAUAGAGAAAUUGAUCCCAAUGUAUUUGUUGAUGGAUGGAAUAGUGUUAUGGAGGAAUUUGACCUUGUAGAUCAUGAGUGGUUUGCAUACAUGUUCAAGAUUAGGCAUCUUUGGAUCCCUACAUAUUUCAGGGACUUGUUCAUGGGUGGGUUACUGCAUUCUACUUCUAGGUCUGAAGGUGAAAACAGUUUCUUUUGUAAUUUGAUAAAUCCCCAUUUGAUCUGUGUUGAAUUCUUUGUCCUUUAUGAAACUGCUCUUGAUGCUCAAAGGCAUGAACAGGAUGAGUUGAACAGGCUUAAUAAUUCUGAGCCUCAAUUGGUUACUCAUUUACACUUGGAAAAGUAUGUUGCUGUUGUUUACAGUAGUGCCAUCUUUUAUGAUUUUCAAGAAGAAUGCCAAGCAGCCUGUUUCUCAUGUGGUGUUGAAAGUUGUAGUUCUCUAUAUGGAGAUGGUGUGGAGUUUUCUGUAAUUGUUGAUCAUGAGAAAAGGAAAAACUUUGAUGUAAAUUUUGACUUGCCCACAUAUGAGUGCAGUUGUACUUGUAAAAUGUUUGAGAGUCAAGGCAUCUUAUGUAGACACAUUCUGUUUAUUAUGAAAGGCAAGUCUAUACAUGAAAUUCUUGAUCUUUAA